CCGUCAGGACGACAGAGCUCCUCUGUCGGCAUGUGACAGAGCUGUACAGUGAUUAAAACCUGUACCGUUCAUAUGAGCACGUUAAUAUCCAGGAGCUUUACGUGGAAGUAAAUGAUAUUGUAAAGGCGACCUCUACUUCCACUUCCAUCACAGCUAACAUUAACUGUUCUGUAAGACUUUACGACGAAGGAAACAACGAAGUGUUCUUCUAUGUCACAUGGAUUUACAUUCAUGUCCACUGGGGAAACGUCAGGAGGAGAGAGAUGUGUCCAGUAGACGUCUAGUGGAAGAAGACGGAUCACAAGGACUAACGCCGUCAGACAAACAGUCCUGUGUUGACAUCUGUGCUGCAGCCUCAAGAUCUUUCAACGCUAACAUCGUCUGUGGACUAGCUCGCGGGUGUUGGCUAGCUUUAUAGGUUGCUACGACUUGUAGAAGCAGAUUCAAUUAUUCAGUUUCGCCAAACAACGUAACGCUAUUCCCGUAUUAUUGUUAGCAUGUUAGCAGAGGGCAGCUACGGCAGCUAUGACGCGAGGUGCUGCCACAGUGUUAUGUCACUGUCAGGCUAACCGAUAGCUCGGUGUCUGCAGCUGCUUUCAGCCUUCGCAUGGUCAUGUCCAGCGGGGUUGGCAUCAUGUAGACUGUCCCUCUGAACAGGUUCGGUGACCGGGCACACACAGCGUGUUAGCGAGCCUCCUUGGAGAGGAAUGCAAAGCUGGAUUGCAGCUAUCGAACUGGGUCAAAGACUGACUGGCGCUGAUACCGUUUAGCUCCGGAUUGCUGUUUGCCAUGCUCAAAAGCUUCUCUUCUGCGUUAUAUUACACACUUCGCGAGCUAUUUAGAGGGCAUCUGAAUGCGUUAUGUCCUGACUGCAUCUCUUAUUUAUGCAAUAAGGCACAUCAGAGCAGCCCGCCAUGAAGUAAAUCCGCAGUGCAAGAAGCGGCAUCACCAGGAUUGAGAGCAUCAUUUGCUCCAGGAGUAUUUUCUGAAGAGCCCAACACAUUUUUAGGAGAUCCACCAGCGCCCGGGAUCAAGCUGGACCAGCAGCCUCCCACAAUGGAGGCAGUGGGAGACUUCGAGUACAGCAGAAAAGACCUGGUCGGACAUGGAGCCUUUGCUGUGGUGUUCAAAGGGAGACAUAGGAAGAAGACGGACUGGGAGGUGGCCAUAAAGAGCAUCAAUAAGAAGAACCUGUCCAAGUCCCAGAUCCUCCUCGGCAAGGAAAUCAAAAUCCUGAAGGAGCUGCAGCAUGAAAACAUUGUGGCACUUUAUGAUGUCCAGGAAACACCCAACUCUGUUUUCCUGGUCAUGGAGUACUGUAACGGAGGUGAUCUUGCCGACUAUCUGCAAGCAAAGGGGACUCUGAGAGAAGACACACUGAGGGUUUUCCUCCAGCAGAUUGCUGCUGCCAUGCGCAUCCUCAACAGCAAAGGAAUCAUCCACCGGGACCUGAAACCGCAGAACAUCCUGCUGUCAUAUGUGGGUCGCAAGAAGUCCAACAUCAGUGGCAUCCGCAUCAAAAUAGCUGAUUUUGGCUUUGCACGGUACCUCCAGAGCAACAUGAUGGCGGCCACACUGUGCGGGUCACCCAUGUACAUGGCCCCAGAGGUCAUCAUGUCCCAGAACUAUGAUGCCAGGGCCGACCUGUGGAGCAUAGGGACAGUCCUCUACCAGUGUCUGGUCGGCAAGCCACCGUUCCAGGCCAAUAGUCCCCAAGACUUGAGGAUGUUCUAUGAAAAGAACAAGAAUCUCCAACCGAUCAUCCCGAGGGAGACAUCCCAGCAACUUGGCCACCUUCUGCUUGGGCUGCUGCAGAGGAAUCAGAAAGACAGGAUGGACUUUGACGCUUUUUUUAGCCAUCCGUUCCUGGAGCUGCCAUCCACCAUUAAAAAAUCAUGUCCAGUGCCAGUCCCCAGCGCUUCCAAUGUAGUGACGGACAGUUCCUGCGGCAGCUCACCAUGCAUCCGCUACAACUCCCCUCCUUCUCUCCCGGACAUGCAGACACUAGCAGAAGAUGGUCUGUCGUCCCCUCCGCUCGGUCCGCCCAACUUCCUGCAGCUGUCCAAAGAGUCUGCAGGAAGCACCAGCAGUAAGAACUCGUCCUGUGACACUGAUGACUUUGUCCUGGUGCCUCACCUCUCGACUGACAGCUAUGACCAGCCAAUGGGAGCAGGUCGUCGGCCGUCCAGUGAGUUCCUCAUGUGUGGAGGGCAGCCGCAACCCACCCCGGGACAGGCCCCCAUGGUGUCCCCACGGGCUGAGACCACCCCCAUCCCCGUUCCCACCCAGAUUCGCAACUACCAGCGCAUCAAGCAGAACCUCUCCAGCAGCCCGACAACCAUGCUGUACAGCUCCCCCAGGUCUGGCACUGUGAGGCGUUCCAACACUAGUCCCAUGGGGUUUCCCAAGGUGGGGUCGGCGUCCCCCAGCUCUGCAGAUGUCCCUCAGACAGUAGGCAGGCGUCUCUCCACCGGCAGCUCUCGGCCCUACUCCCCCUCACCUCUUGUGGGCACCAUCCCUGAGCAGCUGGGUCACUGCUGCUGUCACCUGCAGAACCACGAGCCUCGCAGCCGCAGCUCCUCAGGAGGUUCCCCCGUCCCCUCUUCUCAGCUCCUUGGGCCUCGGCUCCAGAGCGCCCCCACCCUGACCGAGUUCUACCAGACCAGGCAGAAACUCCACAAGCAGUUAUCGGACCCUGUGCAGCCUUCUGCCUCCUCCUCCUGCAGUCAUUUCCCUCAGCUCGGUCGACCAGCCAGCCUCGGCUCCUCCCCCACCAAGCUCCUGGGCACCUCCCCCCGCACAUCCGACUGGCUGCAGAAGUCGCCGCUGCCUACGAUCAUUGGCUCCCCGACUAAGACCAUUUCGGCACCAUUCAAGAUCCCCAAAACGCAGGCGUCCUGUAACUUGAUGGCACUGGCGGACAGCCCCGUGCCCACCAAGACGCUGGCAGAUGCCCGGGAUAUCUGUGCCCACCACUGCAGCCCGUACCUCACUGGACGCCCAGCUGCCCCUGAGGCCAGUAGGACCUUUGGCAGGUCUGUGAGCACAGGUCGUCUGUCUGAGCAGCCAAUCAGAAUAAGUCUGGGUGGACAGGCCUAUCAGGGCAGCACUGACAGCUUGAACACAGAGCGACCCAUGGACACAGCCCCUGCGGGUCCCAGCGGGCUGGUUCACGGUGGGUCAGCGAGUCCUCGUACUGUCCUUUUCACCGUGGGUUCACCGCCUAACAGCUGCACUCCUCCUACCUGCAGCCACCUGGGCACACGGCCACGCACCAUCUCAGUGGGCUCUAACAGUUCGGCCGGCUCCCUGUGCUCCACCAGCGGUCGGAUCUAUGUUGGUUCUCCUCCCGGCAUGGCCCUGUGUUCCUCUCCUCCAGGAGGUUUUGGGGGCGGGCAGGCUGUUCCUGGGACUGAGGGGGCACCCAGCAGCCUGCGCUAUGUUCCCUAUGGGACCUCCCCUCCCAGCUUGGAGGGAUUCAUCACAUUUGAAGCGCCAGAGCUGCCUGAGGAGACCCUCAUGGAGCGUGAGCAUACAGAUACCCUGAUGCACCUACGGAUGAUGCUUUCGUUCACUGACUGCGUCCUGGAGAUGGCGGCAGUGCGAGCUGGAGGGACGGAGCUUGGCGUGUCGGCCGCCUCACUCUACCCGCCCCAGGACAGUGUGGUUGUGGACCAGAUCAGCCAGCUCAGCAAAGAGUGGGGGCAGGUGGAGCAGCUGGUGCUGUACAUGAAGGCAGCUCAGCUCCUGGCUUCUUCUCUCCAUAUGGCCAAGGCUCAGAUUAAAUCAGCCAAACUCAAUCCCUCCACUGCUGUCAAACAGGUGGUGAAGAGUUUGAAUGAGCGUUACAAAAGCUGCAUAUCCCUCUGCCGCCGGCUGACUGACAAACUCAACCACUUCUUCUCCGAUAAGCAGCGCUUUGUAGACGAAAUCAACAGCGUCACAGCAGAGAAGCUCAUCUACAAUCAUGCUGUGGAGAUUGUUCAGUCAGCAGCUCUGGAUGAGAUGUUCAAGCAGACAGAAGAUAUAGCCUACCGCUACAGCAAGGCCGCCAUGCUGCUGGACGGCCUAUCCAAGAUCUUACAGGACCCUACUGACAUGGAGAACGUGGUCAAGUACAAGGCCAGCGUGGACCGCAGGAUCUCAGCCCUCUGCUACUGCACUGUCACACUCUAUGAGUAGCUGCCCUCACACAAACACACAUACGCUCACACACAGAGGGACCAAGUCCUAAGACUAUCGACGACCAUCUUCACAAAGCCUCCGCUCCUUCCUGUAGCAGUUCAAGCACUUUUCAUUUGAAUCUGUAUUUAUCGUCAUACUGGCUGCAUCACGGACUGAACUGUGACAAGCGACUGAUGCACAAAUUUACAACCAAAGAUGACAACGGAUCUAGAUAAAAAACAAAGGCUGGAACCAGAUGUGCACUUUCAAGUGCAGUUUUCUUCAGACGCUAUGUUGGUGGAAAACCAUCUGAUCAACAUGUAUAAAAAAAACUAAUAUCCAUCUUUCAAGAUAUCAUUUGUUUUUUACCAGAAGAAAAAGAGGAUGGAAAGGACUAUGAGACGACGAUGAUCCUGCUUACUAUGUGAUACCAGUGGUUAUUUACUGUGUUUAAUUUGUCAUUGUUCUUAUUUAUUGGUUCAGAAGAACAUGGGUGUUUAAGUCUCCUGCCUAUCUUGAAAACCUCAAGUAUUGGAGUCGAAGAAAUUGGAAGAAAUUAGCAAAGGGCUUACGGCCAAUCGGAAACACAAACUCUUGUUACAGAAACUAGUCAGCCAUGUGAGCAAAGGAACUUUUUUUUUUUUUUUUUUUUUCUUGUGUUAGCUCAAGCACUUUAUUGUGGAUUGAGAGGAAGAGAAGUGUAACUGUGAAGGCAGGGGGAAGGGUUUUCUAAUCACUCCUGCUCCCACCUUCAAAACGUACCUGCUCUGUGUGCAUGAUGGGCAACCAGGGUGAAGUGUAAUUGGCUGCAGCCCAACUUUGUGGGACCUCUUCUGGCAAGAUCAACUUGUUUUCUGAUAGAACCACGUGUCUCUUUUUAGCUGAUUAUGAUUUGAUAUAUUUAAAGGGGCAUGCCACUGAUUUAAACUAAGGAUAUUUAUCGGCCUGUGCUACUUCAAAUUAGGCUUUUCUAUUAUCUAAUUUUGAUUUAUCACACACGUUCUCUAACUUAAUGGAAGUGUAAUGUUAAAUUGGAGGAAUAUCCCUUUAAUUGCAGACAGUUGUGUUAACAGUUGUGUCUGGCAUAUGAAAAAAUGGGCUACAAUUUGAGUGCAGGCAUUUUAAGGCUUCCUUGUCAUUUACCAUUGACAUGAUGUCAGAUGCAAUUGCUCACAAACAUGAAACCAACAUAAUUUAUAAAAAAUACAUUUUGAUAAAUUGCAUAAUACAGAGCUGGGGAGCUUUGAUUGGCUUUAGUUAACGUGAUAAUUUUGCACUUGCAAACAGAUAAGAGACGCUUGUCACAUUGUUUCCAUUGUUCCCCAGUUUUAUAGGAGUGUAACAAACCCAUGGGGAUGUGCUGAUUAUGUUGCUCAUAGUGAGGAGGGGUUCAAGUAAGUGACAGUGGCUCACUCUGCUCCCAUUUGUCUGUAGGCCCGGACAUGGAGGAGACAGGUGGCAGGCCCUUCUGUCACCACUGCAGUGCUGAACAACCAAUCAGCAGCCACCUUAAACCCAGAUGGAGUGAAUUGUGAAACUGAAUGGUUAAUAAGUUUCAUUUGACUAAAAUACUACAUUUUUUAUGUGCUGUCAGUAUAUGUAGCUAAUUUUUUUUAACAAAACUUGAUGUUUGCAAACUUGUAUAUAUUUGUAUGUGGUGCAUGUGAUGAUUCCAUUCCUCUCUUUUUGGGAGGGGAGUGAGUGUGUGUGUGUGUGAGGUCACAGCUUGAGUUUUGGGGGUGUCCAUGAUGCAUCAGAUGGCCUGCCUGUCAGUCAAAGAGCACAAAUCUUUACAUGUACAUAGAUGAAUUUGAUACAUUGUAUUCAUGUCUGCCAAGGGUUUGAUAAGAAACCUAUUUUGGCACAACAGGGGUGUGCCAAAGAAUAAAACAUAACUUGUGGCAGCUUCAAAACUUUACAGAGAACUAUUUCUACCAGGACUGUUCAUUGUUGAGAUCAAGACAUGUUUGUUUUGUGGGUCUUAUGAAAUUUUCGGAAAUGAGCGUGAUCUCUUUAGAUUUCAAACUCAUCUCCUAAAAUGUCUUGAUACUCCAGUUGUCACAAUCUGCACUGCCUAGCAUCCACCCUGUCCCUCUGCCUCCCCUCAAGUCAUCUGCUGUCCUCCCAACGGUAUAUGUUCUGUUUGUAUGUGUGAGUGUCUAUAAACACGCGUGCACUUGCCAUGUGUGCAUUAAGGCCAGUAGUAUACAGUUAUUGAUGGAAAAGGAGGUGCCUUCUUCUUGUGAAAGUAGACAGAGGCCUACUCCUUUGUACAGGUGUGAAUAUAUUCUUCUCUGUGUACAAAUGUUUAUAAAUGCAUUCACAGGCACCCAGAGGUCCCUGGGCCUGUUCCUCUGAUGUACUGUUCUUUUUCUGAGACAUAUCUGGGUUACAGUUUCCCUCGUCCUUGUCAUGAGCACUCUGAACCACACAAAGCCUUUUACUGCGCACGGAGUGAAGAGGGACAAAUAAAGCUGAUGGAAACCCGCCUGACCCUUUGCUCUGUACUUUUUUUUUUUUUUUUUUAUAUCCAUGGACUGUAACUGAAGAUGGACUGUUUUGGAUGAAGCAUGGGUACCGAGUCAGCAUUUUACCCUGUAGAACCUCUAGAAUCUUGAAUGUAUGUACCCUGUUGUUUUACGCUUCUCCAGCUUGAUCUGAAUGCAUUUUGAAGUCACAACCAUGAUAAUGCAACUCUCCAAGCACCGAUUUUUUUAAAGAGAAAUGUCAACGUAAUACUUGUGUCCCUCACCAAGGGGUGUCUGUCUUUGUUCUUUAUGGAACACAAAUACAGUCUUUGCUAUUAAAAAGAGAAAACAUUACAA